GGUUCCCGCGCGGUGCCUUGUGGGCGCUCGGCGGAACGAUGGUGGUGUAGGCUCUGGUUGCGCAGGGUGGGAAGAGUUUGAGGUUGACAAUGACGACAGCAGCGAGGCCAACGUUUGAACCCGCCAGAGGGGGAAGGGGAAAAGGUGAAGGAGACUUAAGUCAGCUCUCCAAGCAAUACUCCAGCAGAGACCUUCCUUCUCAUACUAAAAUCAAAUACAGACAGGCCACUCAGGAUGCUCCCGAGGAGGUGCGGAACCGUGACUUCAGGAGGGAGCUGGAGGAGAGGGAACGAGUCGCUGCCAGAGAAAAGAACAGAGACAGACCAACCAGAGAACACACAACAUCAUCUUCUGUGUCGAAGAAGCCUCGCCUAGACCAGAUUCCUGCAGCUAACCUUGAUGCAGAUGAUCCUCUUACUGAUGAAGAUGAUGAAGAUGAGGACCUGGAGGACAGUGAUGAUGAUGACACUGCAGCUCUUCUGGCUGAACUGGAAAAGAUCAAGAAAGAGCGAGCCGAGGAGCAAGCCCGAAAGGAACAAGAGCAAAAGGCUGAAGAGGAAAGAAUUCGGAUGGAGAACAUCCUGAGUGGUAAUCCACUGCUCAACCUUACUGGCCCAGCACAGCCUCAAGCAAACUUCAAAGUGAAAAGGAGAUGGGAUGAUGAUGUUGUCUUCAAGAACUGUGCCAAGGGGCUCGAUGAAACCAAGAAGGACAAAAGGUUUGUGAACGACACCCUGCGCUCGGAAUUCCACAAGAAGUUCAUGGAGAAGUACAUCAAGUAGGAGAGCUCUGCCUGCAGUGCUGCUGAAGGACUUGGCUUAUUCCCCACCUGCCCCCCAGAACUCAACCCUCAAUACUUGCUCCUGAGUUCCCAGAUGCUUUUCCAAGCUCAUCAGUGGGUUCCU